UCCCUACCAACAGCAGCGGGAAUCUACAAAAAAACUUAAGUGUAUUGCAGGACGGAAUAAGCAGCAGUUAUUAACAGGAGGGAGAGCUGAAAAGGCAGCUGACAGAACUACUAUGAUAAAUGGCAGUGGAAGCGGAGAUCACAUUGAGUACAAGGGCUGCAGCAAGCCCUCAAUGUGCUUUGGUCAGUCCCAGUAUACAGCAGAGGAGUACCAGGCAGUUCAGAAUGCAUUGAGGCAGAAACUGGGACCUGAAUUCAUCAGCUCCCGCCAAGCUGGAGGGGGACAGAAGGUUUGUUACAUUGAAGGACACAAAGUCAUCGGGCUGGCCAAUGAGAUGUUUGGCUAUAACGGCUGGUCCCAUUCCAUCACACAGCAGAAUGUUGACUUUGUGGAUCUUGUCAACGGCAGGUUCUAUGUCGGGGUCAGUGCUUUUGUGAAAGUUCAGCUGAAGGAUGGCUCGUUCCAUGAGGAUGUGGGCUACGGGGUGAGCGAGGGUCUGAAAUCCAAAGCCCUGUCCCUGGAGAAGGCCAGGAAGGAGGCAGUCACCGACGGACUCAAGAGAUCACUCAAGUGCUUUGGAAAUGCUCUUGGAAACUGCAUCCUCAACAAAGAAUAUCUCAUGGCUAUCAAUAAGAUUCCCAAACAGCCCCCAGCCCCUCUGAACCCCUCUGAGACAAAACGCUCAGACCUCGAGCCACUUGUGGAGAGGGCCCGGUACAGCAGCCUGCUUCAGGCAGAGAGCCGGAAUUGCGCUGGAGCUGUGACAGGUCAGAUAACUCCCCAGAAGCAACACGGAGCCCCCCCUGCGGAGGAGAGCAGAGGAGGGGCAUCCCCACACUCCCACCCCCAUCCCAGACCACUGGAGCCAAGGGGGAACAGUGAGAACAAUCAGCCCAGCCUCAACAGGACUGUCGAUCUUGCGGAUGUCUCAGGCUCCGUAGGUCCAGAGACAGACCCCAGGUACCAGAGAAAGCUGAAGCAGCAGCAACUGCAGCAGAAGUUCCGGGAGCAGAUGGCAGCAAAAAAACAGCAGGAGGAGCAGCAGCAGAGAGGUCAGCCAGAACCCACAGCGCCCCCUUCUGAGCAGAGGCCAGACAGCCACCAGCAGACAGUGAACCACAGCACCCCCGUCGGGGUCAGAGAUGAGGCUUUAGGGGACCAGUAUCUUCUAGCGGAUGACCCUCAGAUGUGGGAUUUCCCCAUGGACAGCAGUGACAUUAUAGAUCUGCCUGCUGCCCCCACAACCCCCCUGGGCAAUCACCAAAUGAUGACCCGGAGCAAGACCCCCCAACGACAGCAAUUGCUAAAAACCCCUAUGAGACCCGGCUACAGCCAUGGAACCAGUGAGCACAGGCCUCCGCAGCAGCCAGCCAGUCACCAGAGAACAGCAGAACAUGGCAGCCCGUACAGACAAGGACAGCAUCUGAAAAAACGGAAACUGGAAACGACCUGAUUGAUUCAGAGCUGCAGCAGGCAAAGACAUUUGGCGGCAAGGCUACGUCUGCGCCAGUUUACAUAACCACGCUUUGUUAUAGGCCAGCGUUGAAGCUAUUGAUUGUGGUGAAGUUUCUGUUCUGCGUUAUGCAUCUUGUUGAAUGUUACUUUGCUUCACAGCACCCUCUGCUGGUGUAGUUCAGUUGAAAUUAUUCAGGUGGAGUCAAGAACUGCAGUUACCCAGAAAGAGGGUAAGCAGUUGCAGGUUCUGAAGCACAUUCUACUCAAGGGUUUGAUAAAUAAAGUGCUUUACUUUGUUCCGUUUAAUAGGUUGCUCAGCCCUACUAUGGCCAUGGCUUGUUUAAGUCCAAGUGAUAAAUGCCACUAGGUUAAAGCGUAUAAAACAGUAAUCAUUUAAUUGCUUUAAAUCAUUACCUAGAACAAGGUGUUUGGUUUAAAAUGAUUGCAGAAAAGCACCAAAUCAACAAUGGGAUAGGGUAGUUUUAUUUGUCAAGACUAUUAAAUACCACUAAAAUACCCACUACUGCCCUCAUAUCACAUGCCCACUGGCACUGUCUGAGAAAUCAGUCCAGGACACCAGUGACUCCCCUUAGACAGGCUGAGUGACAGUAAUGUUGGCUGAUGGUGCUUUUUAUCGUUUAUAGCAAACCUGUCUGGGAUUUGAAUACUGGCUUGGUAGAAGUGCUCACAUUGUACACAAAUUGUAAUGUUUUAUUUUUUCUCUGUUGUGAAUUGUGUUGUGUGCUCUUUCUUAAUAAUUAAAGAUUAAUUCAUUUUUUCGAUUGAUCUCCUGUGAUCAUUGUUCCCUUCAGUGUUGCAGACUGAGUUUGAUUUGUUAGCCAACACUGCCAUCUUCAGUACACCACAAGUAACACAAAAAGUCAAACCCUUUUAAUACCACCUCAAAAGGGAUUGAGCAAAACCUGACAAUAAGCGGCAUUAACUUAUCAGGAGCUUACCAAUAACCAGGCCCAGACGGAAUCUGCUGGGAAAUUUUCCAAAUUCUGCUGAUUAUUUUACCUAAAUUCUGUG